AUGGUAAUAACUGCCAAACUCCAGAGCCUUAAGAUGUAUGACUCUCAAGUCUUGAAAUCUAAAUCCAAUCCAUUUCUCCAAAGUUCCCGUUCGGUAAAAAAAUUCUGGAGCAGAGAAAUCAAGUCAGAGGGCAUAGAAAGUUGCCAAGAGUCUACAAGCGGUGAAUCUUUUCUAUAUAGAUUUCAACUUGAAGAGGAUGUAAAAAGAUUGCAACUGAAACUCCAAGAGGAAAUAGAGUUGCAUACUUUUUUAGAGAGCGUCAUGGAGAAAGAUCCAUGGGAGCUAUCUUCUACUUGUAGUGUUCCACAUCCUGCUCAAGAAAUUCUUUCCAAUAUAGCCACGCUAGAGACUGCAGUCACAAAGCUCGAGCAAGAAAUGAUGUCACUGAAUUUCCAACUUAGCCAAGAACGAAACGAGAGGAGACUCGCUGAAUACCAUUUGACGCAUUCAGCUUCCCCAUCAAAUUCUUCUUCUUCCCUGAGAUACUUGAAUCAUUCGGAUUCUGAGUUACAUCAAUCACCAGAUGAUAGUCCAUGUCAAGACCAAACAGUUCAAAACCAAGAAUCUUCAUCCGAAUCAUCUCCGGCAGAAUCGACCGUUGAGACACUUAACCAGAAAACAUUGGACCCAAAUAAUCAAUUCCUCGAGAAGAGGCAAAUGAGAAAGAGUAAUGCGAGGAAGGUACCUCGAGGAAUGCCACCUAAGUUCCUGUGGGAUCACCCUAAUCUACUGUCUGAAGAAAUGGUGAAAUGUAUGAAGAACAUCUUCAUGUCUCUUGCUGAUCCGACAGUAUCUUCUAAAGCAUCCUCAAACGAGAGCCAACUCUCACCGGUAUCACCGCGCGGGCAUCUAUCAAGCUCAGCGUCCUGGUGGCCUUCAACAGAACGGUCAAUGAUCUCGUCAUGGGUGCAAAGCCCUCAAAUAGAUAUCCAAAACAACACCGAUGUUUUGGCUACGGGAAAUGUAUUUGAUCCUUAUAGAGUUCGCGGGAAGUUAAGCUGGGCCGAGAAUGGAAACUACAGUUUGGCGUCUGAGGUUUCUUGGAUGUCUGUUGGGAAGAAACAGCUGGAAUAUGCUUCAGGAGCAUUGAGGAAGUUCAGGACACUAGUGGAGCAACUGGCUAGAGUAAACCCAAUUCAUUUGAGCUGCAACGAGAAGCUAGCUUUCUGGAUUAACCUUUAUAACGCUUUGAUCAUGCAUGCGUAUUUGGCUUAUGGUGUUCCAAGAAGCGACUUGAAGCUCUUCUCGUUGAUGCAAAAGGCUGCCUAUACGGUUGGAGGACACUCGUAUACUGCGGCGACAAUGGAGUAUGUGAUAUUGAAGAUGAAACCGCCUAUGCACAGGCCACAAAUUGCACUGCUUCUUGCUAUCCACAAGCUGAAAGUAUCAGAAGAACAACGCAAGGCAAGCAUUGAUACACAUGAACCUCUUCUCGCAUUUGCCCUAAGCUGUGGAAUGUACUCUUCCCCUGCGGUGAGGAUCUACACAGCGAAAGGAGUGAAGGAAGAGCUACUAGAAGCUCAAAGGGACUUCAUACAAGCAUCGGUAGGGCUUAGCAGCAAAGGGAAGCUCUUGGUACCCAAAAUGCUCCAUUGUUACGCCAAGAGUUUGGUGGAGGAUUCCAACUUAGGGGUCUGGAUAUCUAAGUACCUUCCGCCACAUCAAGCAGCUUUUGUGGAACAAUGCAUCUCUCAGAGAAGACAAAGCCUUCUCGCCUCACGCAACUGCGGAAUACUCCCCUUCGAUUCUCGUUUCAGAUAUCUGUUUCUCCCCGACAACAGCAGCAACAACAACAACUCUGUGUAA